CUACAAUCUACCCUUGAACCCUCGAAAUGCGCUCUUUCUCCUCCCCAGAAAUCCACAGAGGGCUCUCAAGAGUUCAGUCUGGCGUAGCGCUUAGCACACCCGACCUCCACACUUGGCACCCUCUGACCUCAUCGCCAACUGCGGACAUCGACUCAGACAAGUGGUUUGUAAUCCCCAAAGCCCAUGGCAUUGAAACCAAAAAUGGUGGCAAGCUAGUGAGAGGCCUGAAGAGGUUUUGGAUCCAGAAACGACUGCGUGACAUGACGAGAAAGCGUUUCUCGUCCCAAGAAGAGCCUAUUGAAGGGUCAAUAUCGCAGGGUUGGGACUCUGAGGAUGACUUCCCCUAUCAUGUUGCACAAGGCUUGUCGAAGGAAUCAUUCGAAGAGAGCCCCGAGAGUGGUGAGGCAAAUCUGCGUACAUUGACUGAUAGUCUCCCAGGAGUUGUCGAGACUGAUCCCAGCCCUGCAGCGCCGAAGACUGGGCUCUACCGCCGUCCUCGGGUCGCAGCUGCACGUCACAAGGCUGUGAUCGGUAUCGAGGCCCCCAUCCGGAAGAUUGACGAGUGGAUGACUGCCCUCGGCGUCUCACCGGCUCAGUCGCCCUCCCCUCACGAUUUCCUACAUCGCCGAUCGUCCGCCCUCCCACUCAACGUUGCAAAGCUAUCCAACCGCGCCGGCAAUGCAGAUUCCGCCUCCAAUCCGCGACAAGUCCACGUGGAGGAGGCUCAGCAGGAUGCUUUCACAGACGCCAAGGAACAUUGACUUUUCGAGUCUAGGAAUCAAUAACCAUGCCAAAU